AUGAAUACUGCUAAAUAAGUUAUAGUGUUCUUGAAGUUGAACUUGAAAAUAUUUUUAAAGAGUUGGUAGAAGUCUUAAAUACAGAACUCAAAACUCAAUUUAAAAUUAAUAUUACUUUAAUUCAGUUGAAUCAACGCGAUGGCCGUAUUUUAUGCGUAAAUAGAGCGCUUUGUGUCAGUCUUGAGUGCUUGAGUGAGAAAAUGGCGGUCUCCUCUGUGAGGUGUAAAGUGGAGAGUAAAAUGGAGCGGUUUAUUAGUCCGGGGAAAGGAAACGGAUUACGGGCUCUGAGUGAAAUUAAACCUGGACAACUGAUUUAUUCAUCGGAACCAAUCGCUUUCUGUGUAGCCGAAAAGUUUUUAAAAUCCACCUGCCAGACCUGUCUCUGCAGGGGUGAGAGUUUAUUGAGAUGUUCUCAGUGUAAGAGUUCUCGGUACUGCAGUGUUCAGUGUCAGAAAGAGGCAUGGCCUGAACAUAAAAGAGAAUGUAAAUGUCUUCAGCAUGUGUACCCGAGAGUUCCCACUGACUCGGUCCGACUGACGGCCAGAAUCAUCUUCACGCUGCUCAGUGAUCCUGCAGCAGACUCACAGGAGCUUUACUCUAUAACUGAACACCAAUCACAUCUGGAGGAGAUGAGUGAGGAGAAGAGAGAAGGUCUGGUUCAGCUCUGCUCCAUGUUAAAGCUCUAUUUGGACUCUGAUGUUUCUCAGCUGCCAAGUGGUCUGGAUCCCAUGAGUCUUCUCGCAAGGGUAAUGUGUAACUGUUUCAGUGUGAGUGAUGGAGAGCUGCAGGAUGUGGGAUUGGGACUGUACCCCAGCAUGUCACUGUUAAACCAUGACUGCAGGCCGAACUGUGUGAUGAUGUUUGUGAGGAAGAAACUCAAACUACGAGCUGUACGAAGAAUCCAGCCAUUUGAAGAGUUGUGUAUCAGUUAUACAGAUAUUUUAUCUCCUUGUGUGGAGAGACGAACACAACUGAUGGAUCAGUUUCACUUCCUGUGUCAGUGUCAAAGAUGCAGUGAUGACCAGAGUGACUGUACCAUGUUGGGAGGGGAGGAGUCCAGGUGGACGAUCAUCAGAGACUCACUGCCUCAUCUGGAGACCCUACGACAUGGAGAGAAGUGGGUGGAGCUUCAGCAGGCGUGUCAGGCCCUGAUUGGUGCACACUCCGCUGCAGUUCCUGACUCUAAUGUGUUCAUGCUGAGGGUUUUGGACUCGCUCAUGGACUCCUGCAUCACUCUGAGUCAGUAUGAGACAGCGCUGCAGUAUGGGACCAGGACACUGACGGCAUACCUGCUGCAUUAUCCUGAUCCUCACCCAUCACACGCAGUGGAGCUGCUGAGAGUCGCAAAACUGCAGCACUACAGCGGGGAUGUGGAGCAGGCCGAGAGAACCUUCACACGGGCGUAUGAUGUGAUGAAGGUGACUCAUGGUAGUGAUCACCCCCUCGUUACUGAAGUGUGCAGGAAGUUGGCUGAGUGUCAGGCUGAGAGACGAUGACUUUAAUCUCAUGCUUUUAUAUUUUUACAUUAAAAUUCAUUUUCACUGAAAUUAAAUAUUAAAACUUUAUCACUCAGAGUUUGAGUCUCGGUGUAGUGCUGAAUAAUAAAUAUGGAAAUGUGGA